CUUUACAUUUCCUGGAUAGACCAUUUUUCUUAAUGAAAACACCAACAAUAAUCAUCCUGCUGCUCAUUUCUCUAUCCCUCUUCUUGCAGUACUCUUCCUUUCUGACCCGUACCCGUUUCUUCCGUUGCCCCGAAUUUCACUAUCCGACCUGCACCACCGUUUCUCAUGAAUUCCAACCCUUUAACCAUUCCGAACCAAUUAUUACAAACAUAUCUCACAUCGUAUUCGGUAUCGGGUCGUCUUCCAAUUCUUGGAACCUCCGCCGUAAUUACAGUCAUCUAUGGUGGCGUCCCAAUUUAACCCGGGGCUUCGUCUGGCUCGAUGAAAACCCGGAGCCAGGAGGAGGAGGAGGAGGAGAUUAUAAUAAUUAUCCUUCUUACAGAGUGUCAUCUAAGGAAUGGAAACGGUUCAAGCACUCGAGUUCUCCAUCGGCGGUUCGGAUCGCCAGGAUAUUGCUAGAUUUAUUCCGAAUCGGGUUGCCGGAUGUAAGGUGGUUCGUGAUGGGUGACGAUGAUACGGUUUUCUUUACCGACAAUCUGGUUUCGGUUUUAGCGAGGUACGACCACCGUCAGAUGUAUUACAUAGGUGGGAAUUCGGAAAGUGUGGAGCAGGAUGUUAUGCACUCGUAUAAGAUGGCGUUUGGCGGCGGAGGAUUCGCCGUCAGCUACCCGCUUGCGGUUGUACUCGCCGGGAAAUUGGAUGGUUGCCUUGACCGUUACCAUUAUUUUUACGGGUCUGAUGAGAGGAUAUCCGCCUGCGUGGCGGAGAUCGGGGUGUCUUUAACCAUUGAACCCGGGUUUCAUCAGAUUGAUCUUCGCCGGGACAUAUAUGGGCUCCUAGCAGCGCAUCCAACGGCACCAUUAGUAUCACUUCACCAUCUAGAUUAUGUGGAUCCCAUAUUCCCUAACCAAGGCCGCAUGGAAUCCUUAAACUUGCUCAUGAAAGCCGCCACAGCCGAUCCUCUCCGAACUCUACAACAGGCUAUUAGCCCUGACUACAACUACAACCACCAGAAAUUAUCGAUUUCAAUUUCAUGGGGUUACACAAUUCAGUUAUACCCUUAUCUUGUUUACGCCAAUGAACUAAGGCUCCCGUUACAGACAUUUCAAACGUGGCAUAGCUGGUCCAACGGCCCUUUCACUUUCAAUACCAGGCCAUUGAGAACCGACCCCUGUCAGCAGCCACUGGUUUACUUCUUUGAAACCGUUCAGGAAGUAAUAAUUGGUCAGGAUCAUCAUCAUAACUUGACUUUGUCCACAUACCGGUUACAUCUUGAUCAGGACCAAGAGAAAAGGUGUGACAAUGCAGAGUAUUCCCGUACCAUGGGAUUGAAAAUAGUCGAGGUCGUGGCUCCAAAAAUGAAUCCUAACGAGUGGAAAAUGAGACCAAGGAGGGAAGAUUGUGUGAUAAUUGAGAGCUGGAAGAGAACUAGCAUGAGGCUGAGGAUUGGAAGCUUCCAAGUUUAAUUAGUGAGACGGUUCAAUGUAUAUUUCUUUAAUUUCUAAAUAUAUACGGUAAGUUGGUGUGUACCUAAAUUAAUUAGAAAAAGCUGAACUUUGUUUUCUAUGGAAUAUAGAUAGAUAGAACUUUUAU